UCUCUCUCUCUCUCUCUCUGGAAGGAUCACUUUUGGUUCAUUGCUUUGUUAUUCUUAUUACGUUUCAGUUCUUUUUGGUUCCUGGAGAAUUCUUUUGGUUGCAGAGCAGUUUCUAUCUGCUUAUGGGGUUGGAUACAGAGCUGGAAUUUCAAAAGUAUCACAGAGUAGGUCAGAGUCCUAGAAAUGUCCGUCGUUCUCGUUGCUAUAGUUCAGAAGUUGAUGACAGAGAUGUGAAAGGAAAGCCCACAAGCAGAGCCUACCAAUUAAAGAUCAUAGAUCAGGAUUACACGGAAAUUAGUUUUGAUGAAUCCCAGGAUUCCUCCUGUAAAAUCAUGCCAUAUGGACCAGCUAGGUUAGCAGGUCAUGAAGAGCUGAAGAGGGGUUCUAUAUAUCAGAGCUCAAAAGAAGUGAGGAAAAUGAAGAAAAUGGGAGAGUUUGAGGGAAGAAAGAUUGAAUUGUUGCGCAGUAGUGACACAUCUUUGUCCUUCCAGAUUGUCGACUCUCUUUCUCAGUCAAAUGAUUCAAGCUCUCAUGAGCAGCAGGAAAGAUCAUCACCAAUGUCCUCAACAACAGAACUGGGCACAACAUUGGAUAACAAGACCUACUUGACAACAAAUUCUCCAGACUCCCUGAAUUCCAGAUGUGAUUGGAGUGUUGAUCCAUUGAACAGUAGUCAUUGUUUCUUGGAAAGAGAUACAGUCCUUACUCUACACAAGUCCUCAUCAGCAAAGGUGGUAGUGUCCCAUUCACCCUUUUGGUCCGACAGUCAUAACUCUAAAGGCAGCCCAAAGGUCCGGUUCAACCCCAUUAGGAGGAUGUUUGAUCCAAUCAUGAAGUCUAAAUCUCAACCGAGUCAACCUGUUUCAGUGGCAGAAUUUGGUGACAUAACAACUUUAGGGUUAGCAAGCAUUAGGAGGAAGAAGACAGUUUGCAAAUCUCUGUUGCAUGAUUUUUCCAACAGUGUACAGAAGGAAGAACCCAGGGCUCAUUUUGUGAAGAACAAUCAACACAGGUUGGAUGUGGCCUCAUCACCUGCUCACCUACAUGGGCUUCUUAAAUUGGACUACAAAAAUGGAGUUCCAAUUCUGGAGUUCUCAUUGAAUGACCUAGAAGAUACUCUUGUGGCUAAAACAUGGAAAGGCCAUAAUGCUUUCAAUUGGGUUUAUACCUUCCACUCUCUGAACAAUAGAAGAAAGAUAGGUACCAGUGGAUGGGAUUCAAAAGAGAGGCACAAAGAGGCCUCAAUGGUUGGUCAGAUGCAAGUUUCCUGUUACUUAUGUUCCAAAAUGCAAAAUGCUGGAGGCUUUGAUAACUCUAUGAUGACAGAGUUUGUCUUGUAUGAUAUUGCACAUGCAAGGAAGAGUUUUGCUACACAAGAAAGUCCCGACUGUCAAGCAGACUCUAUUAAACGUACCAAGGGUCCUUCUAGUGGAGACUCAGAUAAGGGCUUUUCUAUGGAUUUGAAUGUUGUCUUAGAUCCAGCAAAGCUCAAACAUCAAGCCAGACAUGCUUCUGGCAAUGAUUAUUCAGAUGUUUCAACACCUUACCCUUGGGCUCCUGCAGAUUUGCAUCCAUACCUUGAAAUUGCAGCAGUUGUCAUUCAAGUUCCAUGUCAAAAGAGGGAAAGCCUUAAAGACAAACAAGGUGAUUGUGGGAAGGCUUGUUCAAAAUUAGUUGAUUUCUCUUUGGUUGAGCAGAGAAGUGAUGACACUAACCACAACAUAAGUCCAGCAAAGGUGAAGGUUGUGACUUCAACUGGGACACAUGGUUUGCCUAGUACUGAAGAUGGUAAGGGCCCUUCACCAUUAUUGGAUCGAUGGAGAUCAGGUGGAGGCUGCAAUUGUGGUGGCUGGGACAUGGCCUGCCCCCUUGUUGUUUUUGGGAAUCCCGAUAUCCAAAAUGUGGGUGAUCAUCAUGUGGGAAGUCAACAGCCUUUGGAGCUCUUUGUUCAGGGAGGAAAAGAGAAGAUGCCCGCAUUGACCAUAAAUCUUAUUGACGAGGGGCAGUAUUCAGUUAAUUUUCAUGCUCAGUUAUCCACGUUGCAGGCUUUCUCAAUUUGUGUUGCUAUAUUGCAUAGUACCGCAGACUGUACUGCAGCUGGGCAAGAGAGGACCACCCACAGGUUGCAAUGCAAUUCACUGAAGUUGCUGCUUGAGGAGGAAGUGAGAUUCUUGAUUGAAACAGUUGCAGACGAAGAGAAAAGGAAUACAACAAAGAUGUUGGAAGAAACCCCACCAUCUUUUGUAAUCAACCCACCCUUUUCUCCAAUUGCACGAGUGUAGAUAUAAGCUGAAUUGCUUAGUAUGUUGGCCAGAUUUUGCUGGAGAAACCCAGCCUAAGUUAAAACAGAUGUCGAAGUUGCCGGCCCUGUUGCAUGGACACUUCCAUCAAGGAGCCACCCAUAUGUCUGAUCACAUUCGAGUGCAGGGUGCCAUCCUUGUGUCUGAUCAGACUCAAGUACAUCAUUCUGUACCAAGUUGCAUUGGGUGCCAUGAGAAAAAAGUUGCAUCCUUACCAUAUCCUGCUAACAUCAAGUGUCAGUUGCUGCUAUUGGUGGAGUAUCACUCCCUGUAGGUGUUGAAAACCGUCCUCUGGGAGUGUGGGUAUUGUUCAAUUCUUUGUAGUUGUCUCUCGAUCUAAAAUUUUAACCGAUUAAGAUCUUGUCUAUAGUAUUUAAUAGAGAGGAGGAAAAGAUGUGCAUAUACGGCUGAGAAAUAACAGUUCUUCAACCUGUGAUCUGCAGGGUUGGGUUUUGAUUGUAACAGUAUCCAUUGCUUACAUGAAAAAUACAGUUCUUUCAGUGCUUUCAGCCGUUGAUAUAUAUAUUUUACUGCA